UCCCAGCCUCUACACCAGCUUAAUAAGAACAUGAGCUCACCAGAGGCUACAGCGUCGCCUACUAGAUCAGCUUCGCCCAGCUCAACUAGAAAGAGGAAAGCAUGUCAGGCCUGUGCCAAGCGGAAGAUGAAAUGCGACAUGAAGCUGCCAGUAUGUAGCAACUGUGAGAGAUCUGGCAAGCAAUGUCUGCCGUCAAUCGGUGCGACGAGGCCACGGUCAGCGAAGUCAACGAAGUCGCUUGGGCGUAGCUAAACUGUCCCUCGCAGGCCGACACACGACAAAAUCAAGGAGCUCGAAUCCCAGCUGAAUCGAAUGCAUUCAUUUCUGGGGAGGCUCGCAUCUCUUCCCACUGAUGCGCUGUCAAGUGCUGUUGAAGAGUACGCUCGGACAGGAUCUGUCAGCGUAGUCGGGUCAGACACAGUCGACGAACAAGCAGAUUCGAAUCUGGUGGAUCAGGGGCCAUCGACAAGUCGCUUCUCCUAUGGCGUAAGAGCAGGCGGACGUAUAUCUGCCCAUGGCCCUACUUCAGCGCUGUUUGAUGAGCGGGAUGAGCGGGAAUUUGGACUGCAAACAUCGCACGUCUCGGUGUCCGAAGAUGAACUCAGUCGGUUUGCGAGCGCUCGAUGCGCCGAAGAGAGGCAUAAUGAGAUCCUCAACGUGGCAUCGGGAAAGCUCGACUUCGAUGGCGUCAGUCCAGAUCUCGCGAUGCAUCUUCUAGCCCUUCAUUGGAACAGGCAACAUUUCGCCUUUCUCAUCUCCUAUCGUCCUCUAUUCACUCGCGAUAUGGCCUGUGCAGGACCCUACUUUUCUAAACUCCUCCUCAAUGCCAUGUUCUUUUCCGUCUCGAAGUUUUCGACUCGAUCCGAAGUUUACGAUGAACCGAGUGACCAAAAGACGGCAGGCAAGAGGUUUUUAAAGCGCGUUAAGGAGCUUCUGGGCGAGGCACUGGACCAAUCGUCCAUUCCCUCCAUUCAAGCAAUGCUUCUCAUGUCGAGUUCGCUAUUCGCUUUGGGAUCUCAAAGCGCCGCUUGGCACUAUCACGGUAUUGCCGUGCAGAUGAUCUUCGAUAUGGGGUUGAAUUAUGACAGCCUUGCCAGUACCAACGUGCCUGGCGGGUUGACCGCUGAAGAGACGGAGAUCAGACGGAGAGUCGUUUGGGCGGCAUUCAUCUAUGACAAGGUUCUUUCACUGUAUCAAGGUCGGCCACCUUCAUUCGCCGAAGACCGUAUGCACGUACCCCAUCGAUUCCUCGACAUGUAUGAAGAGUACGAGCUUUGGACCCCGUACGCGUUUCCCACCAUGCAGGCUUACCCUGGGGCUCCGGCGAGAGCCAUCAGCACAUUCACAUCGCUCUGCUCUUUGUCGGUCAUCAUGGGCCGGAUCAUCACCCAGAUUUACGCCGAGAAAAUUCACCUUGAUCGACCUGCAGACAGGCUCCAGCAACUAUCAACGAGUCUAGAGAGGUGGAAAGAGGCUCUCCCUCCUCCGAUCCUGUUCGAUGCCGAUGAUAAGGACAGCCUUGUCCCGCCACCCCACGUGCUUUCGCUCCAUUCUGUGUACUACACGUUGGUCACCCUGUUGCACAGGCCAUUCGUAGAGACCGGUCGACUAUCAGAUCCUACUAUCGUUGAGAUCUCCUGGGUCCGAUGCGAGCAAGCAGCAGCCAGCGCCACUGGCGUCUUGACUCGGUACAGACAAACUUUUACGCUUGCCCGUGCCCCAUUUCUCAUCUCGUACUGCACCUUCGUGGCUGCGACGAUACAUGUCCGUAUAGCUUCUCAACGCGGUCCAUCAUGCGAAGCUGCUCGUCUCUUAGGCAUCUGCCUCGAAAGUCUACAAGAAAACUCAGCGACCAAUCCAGGUGUGAAGAAGAUGCACGCAACCAUCUUGUCAUUGAUGGACAAAUUGAAUGUCCACCUGGCAGGUACUGGAAACACUGAGUUGGUCGGAUCCACUUCGAACGCGAGUGUCUGGGAUGGUGGAAUGGAUCUCAGCGCCAUCAUAAGUUCUUUCGGUGAUGGACCGAUGAUAGACCCCUCAUUCACAUUUGACCCCUCGCUGUUGCUUAGUAACGUGGAUCAAGGACAUUCUCAACAGCAGGACCCUUUGUACGGAUUCAUUUACAGAUAAUGAUAGAUCACAUCAUGGCAUGUCAUGCAUCCGAAGCAUUAUCAACGG